UUGGGCUCAUUCUCAUCUGUUUUUUCUCACCUGACUACCAUGUUGGACCUCAAUGGCACCCCUUUCCAGCCAGAUACACUCCAGCUGACAGGCAUUCCUGGGAUGCAAAGAGGCCAAGCAUGGGUUGCCCUGGUUUUCUGCAUCCUAUACCUGAUCUCCAUUGUAGGUAACCUCAGCAUCCUCGCUCUGGUGGUUCGGGAGCCUGCUCUGCACCAACCCAUGUACUACUUCCUCUCCAUGCUCUCUCUCAAUGAUCUGGGCGUGUCCUUCUCAACACUCCCUACCGUGCUUGCUACCUUCUGCUUCAACUUCCGCCAUGUUGGCUUCAAUGCCUGCUUGGUUCAGAUGUUCUUCAUCCAUACUUUCUCUUUCAUGGAAUCAGGCAUACUGCUGGCCAUGAGCUUUGACCGUUUUGUGGCUAUUUGUGACCCACUACACUAUACUACUGUGCUCACUAACAGCUGCAUCUUGGCUAUGGGCCUGGGCAUCCUUGCCAAGAGCUUCACUACUCUCCUGCCUUUCCCCUUUCUGGUGAAACGACUUCCCUUCUGCAAGGGCAAUGUUUUACAUCACUCGUACUGCCUCCAUCCAGAUCUCAUGAAAGUGGCAUGUGGAGACAUCCAUGUUAACAAUAUCUAUGGGCUCUUUGUGGUCAUUCUCACUUACGGCAUAGACUCAGCGUUCAUCCUACUGUCCUAUGCAUUGAUUCUGAGAGCUGUGCUGGCGAUUGCAUCCCAGGAGCAGCGGCUCAAGGCACUCAACACUUGCAUAUCACACAUCUGUGCAGUUCUGGCUUUCUAUGUGCCCAUAAUUGCUGUCUCCAUGAUCCACCGUUUCUGGAAAAGUGCGCCACCUGUUGUUCAUGUCAUGAUGUCCAACGUCUACCUAUUUGUACCCCCCAUGCUCAACCCGGUCAUCUACAGUGUGAGGACAAAGGAGAUACGCAGAGGAAUCCUCAAAGGCUUUUAUAAAUCCCAGAGCUGAGGAAGGCAGCAGACCCUGAGAGAA